GCUAAGUACGAGAAGGAAACCCAAGCUAUCUGUCUAUCAACUCACCUACUUCCACCUGUAUAAGACUUCCCGUUUCACCACACAUCCAAAAAAGGAUUUCCUAAGGAGACGAAACUAGCUUUGAGUUUCGUAGCCGGGCCCUAUUUCCUUCUCUCCAGCAUGUUUUCCCCGAGGACAAUAAGAAAAGAACCACUUCCGGCUGCGGAAUAUGGCGACACUCUCUAAGAGCCACCUUGGGGGCGGGGCUGUGCGACACUUCCGUCCGAUGUCAUCUGCUGCUGGUUGCAGGUAUGGGAUCUGUAGGACUGCUGCGGCUGCAUGGACUCUUCGCGGUCUACAAGCCCCCGGGUCUAAAAUGGAAGCACCUGAGGAACACCGUGGAGAUGCAGCUUUUGAAGGGUCUCAACGAUGGGAAGCCUCCUGCCGCUGAACAGCGUGUUCGCUUCCUUCUGGGCCCGGUGGAAGGCAGCCAGGAGGAGUUGACCCUCACUGCCACCAGUGCGCCCACCCUGGCCAACCAUCCCCUCGUACGUGGGCCAGCAUUCACCAGCCUGAAGGUCGGUGUGGGACACCUUCUGGAUAUCCAGUCUUCUGGGGUGCUUGUGCUCGGCGUGGGACAUGGCUGCAGGCUUCUGACCGACAUGUAUGAUGCUCAUCUCACCAAGGAUUACACAGUACGUGGCCUCCUGGGCAAAGCCACAGAUGACUUCUGUGAGGAUGGGCGGCUGGUGGAGAAAACAACCUAUGAUCAUGUGACCAGGGAGAAGCUGGACCGGAUCCUGUCUGUGAUCCAAGGCUCCCAUCAGAAGGCUCUGGUGAUGUACUCCAACCUCAACCUGAAGACUCAGGAGGCUUAUGAGAUGGCUGUAAGAGGCUUGGUCCGGCCCAUGAACAAGUCUCCAAUGCUGAUAACUGGUAUCAGAUGCCUCCACUUUGCGCCUCCGGAAUUCCUCUUAGAGGUUCAAUGCAUACACGAGACGCAGAAGCAGCUGCGGAAGCUAGUACAUGAAAUCGGCCUGGAGCUAAAGACCACUGCUGUCUGUUCCCAAGUGCGGCGCACACGUGAUGGCUUCUUCACACUGGAUGAUGCCCUCCUGAGGACCCAGUGGGACCUACACAGCAUCCAGGAUGCCAUCCAGGCUUCAGCCCCCAGGGUGGCAGCAGAGCUGGAGAAGAACUUAAGGCCAUUGUUGGGCACCCAGCAGCUCCCGGGUCCAGGCCAACCCUGGGACUCUGCAGAGCCAAGCUCUGCCUUGGGGCUGGAGAGCUGCACAGGGCAUUAAAAGGCUGGGCAGCUGGUGAGGCAGUGGGUGGCAGAAGGAUAAGAGCUAUUCAUGAACCAGAACUAAUGACUAUACAAAAAGUAAACGAGAAUAGGGGAAACUUUUCUACAUGAAGCAUAAAACUCUGAAGCUGUAAGAGAAAAGAUUGACAAGCUUGACCCAAUUGUAAAGGAAAAACUUCUGUGUAGACAAAAACACUGUAAAUAAAUGACACACUGGGAAAAAUA